GCUUAGAAAGAGGGGUGCAAAAGUCACUGGUACUAAGGAAAAAAGCUCGUUGAAAGAGCAUCGUAUAUUCCGUUACUCGGAGGAGCUAUAGCUAUGACACCGGAGCAGUUUUCCAAAUUCAACGGAUUUUCCAAUCUUUACUGGGGAAACGAUGCAGAUUAUUACGAUUUGUACAACAGAAUAAACAUGACGAACUAUUACAUAGAGAACAGUAAUCCAGUAGUCGGGAAGUAUAAAACCAUAAGAAAAGGUUUAGCUUUAUGGCACAAGUCCGAAUUCAUGACAACCCCGUCGCCCUUAUAUUUAUUGGACGGCUUAACAACCCUAUCUUAUUCCGUGGACAGUUUUGAACUCAGGCGCUUCUACACAUAUCUACAAGUUAAUAUCGAUACAGAAAAUGAUAAUAAAAUGAAAACCGACCAGAUAAACACUGUGUUGCAUCCAGUAACGUAUGAAACUACGCCAGAACCAAAAACAACUGAAAACAAAUAAAUGGUUAAUAACC